AUGAGUUUACUUCGAAUUUGCGGCGCAUUAUGUCAACUCCGGCCGAUUGCUACCCAGCGAAGGAACGCGCUGCUGUGGUCAAGGUUUCCCGUGAGCGGCCUGUCAAUUCGUCUUGCCCAUAUGAGUUUUGCCGGACCGGGGCGACGUAUUUUCGCACACCGCUUCUGCACUUCCACUCAGCCGUCCAGAGACGUCACGCUGUUCCACCACGACAGGACAAGCUUCUUCCGCCUUCUGUCGGUCUUCUGCGGGGGCCAGUGUGUUUUCUGGACUUACCUAGCGCACUUUGCCUACACCGGGCUCAGAGACACGGGGACCACUGCCCAGGAGGAGAAACGAAAAGCUCCCACCAGCCCCGCCUUGGCUGGUAUGUGGAGUUUUGAAAUGAACCUGGGCUCCAGCACCUGGAGGUACGGCUUCACGCUGGGAUGCGCGACAAUAGGAGCUGGCAUACUGGGACUGGGAAUCCUGUUUUGUCGGCGUUCUGUCUGUCAGGUGGUUUUACACCAAGGUGGAAGGAUGGUAUCUGUUACCACGCAGUCACCGCUAGGAAUGGGCCGAGGCUGGAGAAUAACAGCCCCGUUGUCCCAGGUCGCCUGUCACGCCCACAGACACGAGUCCCCCUCAUUCAUUCCCCUCAAAAUCAAGGGACAAAAGUUCUACUUUCUACUGGAUAAAGAAGGCACUAUUAACAAUACUGAACUUUUUGAUGUAACUGUGGGGGCAUACCGUCCUCUAUAA